CUUAAAAGUUUAAAUUUGAGUUACAAUAUUAUAUUUUUUUAAUGUUUUAUGAAAAGACGGAGGGCGAGCAACUGUGAUGGCAGGCUGGCUGUUGGCAACAGACGAAGGGGGUUGCCUGGGGCGCUGCUCUCUUCACAAUUCUUUGAAGUUGGGGUUGGAAUGGGGUUUGGACAGGAGAAGAUUCAAAUUUUUUUAGGUCUAACGAUAAAGAAGAGGAAGAUUGAUGCUGGGGAGCCUGCAAAAUAUUUGGGUUGCGGAAUCUGUGACAACUUGAGUCACUCUACAACGGUGGCAAUGGCUACAGAUGAUGUCGAUGUGCUUUAUAGGAUAGCUUCUCAGCUCUUUGGACAUUUUCAAAUAGAUGUAGAGGAUAUAAGAGGAAUGAGCUUGCAAGAAAACAAGUCAAUAGGUGCUGAUGUCAACUGGGGUGUGAGGUUCAAGGAUCUGAAAGAUGCUCAACAUUUCUUAAAGAAGCUCUGUGAUGAGGUUUCAUUGCGUUUGAAGGGAUGUGGCGUUAAGGGCCGCACUUUUACCAUUAAGAUAAAGAAGAGGAAGAUUGAUGCUGGGGAGCCUGCAAAAUAUUUGGGUUGCGGAAUCUGUGACAACUUGAGUCACUCUACAACGGUGGCAAUGGCUACAGAUGAUGUCGAUGUGCUUUAUAGGAUAGCUUCUCAGCUCUUUGGACAUUUUCAAAUAGCCUUUAUGUUUGCUACAUCUUUGCAGGAAAACAAGUCAAUAGGUGCUGAUGUCAACUGGGGUGUGAGGUUCAAGGAUCUGAAAGAUGCUCAACAUUUCUUAAAGAAGCUCUGUGAUGAGGUUUCAUUGCGUUUGGAGGGAUGUGGCGUUAAGGGCCGCACUUUUACCAUUAAGAUAAAGAAGAGGAAGAUUGAUGCUGGGAGCCUGCAAAAUAUUUGGGUUGCGGAAUCUGUGUUAACUUGAGUCACUCUACAGCGGUUUGAUUCUUUUUGUUGCUAUACUGAACAAAAUGUAUGUUGGGUUCUAUGCCUACUAAAAUUUCAUUUUAUUUUUUACUGAAUUUUUCAAACAAGGUGGCAAUGGCUACAGAUGAUGUCGAUGUGCUUUAUAGGAUAGCUUCUCAGCUCUUUGGACAUUUUCAAAUAGAUGUAAAGGAUAUAAGAGGAAUGGG